AUGAAGGGCUUUUUACUACUGACCCUCCUUGCCUGCGCCUCCCCCAUGGGACGAGGCAUGGUUUACGACGUCUGUGACCUGGCUCGGACCCUCCGGGAAAUGGGAUUAGAUGGCUACGCCGGCUACUCUCUGGCCAACUGGGUCUGCAUGGCCUACCACGAGAGCCGCUUCAAUACAGCUGCCACACAUUACAAUGACUACGACGGCAGCACGGACUUCGGCAUCUUCCAGAUCAACAGCCGCUACUGGUGCCAAUAUGGCUCCCAGCCAAGUGCCAACAUCUGCAGGAUUCCAUGUUCUGCGCUGCUGACGGACAACAUCGCCCCAGACGUGGCUUGUGCUAAGACUGUGGUCACUGACUCUGACAAUGGAAUGGGAGCCUGGGUGGCAUGGAGGGCAUAUUGUGAAGGUCGGGACAUGUCUCAAUAUCUGGCAGGAUGCAACCUGUAAAGAAACGUCGUCCAUUGGAACUGUGUGCAAUCCAAGGAAACAGAUUCCCUUUUCUCCAGUUGUCAAGUCAGAUAUCCUGCUCGCAUCCAGAAAUAAAGGCGUAAGCAAUGUCAGGUCUUCAGUUUUACAAUCUCGUUUCAGCAC